AUGAUACUCAGUAAAUUGUGCACGCGGUUAGCGAACACUCGUGCGGUUUCGGUUUUGAAUUCGGUGAACGGAUACGCGUCACGAAAAAAUGCACGGUUCAUACACUUCACGUAUUAUACAGACGAGAACACGAAUACUGCAGGUGAAACGAAAAAAAUGAAUAUGUAUCAAGCUAUAAAUGAUGGACUUCGAAUCACGUUAGACAAAGACCCCGAUGCAGUGAUAUUUGGCGAAGACGUGGGAUUUGGAGGUGUCUUUCGGUGUACCGUCGACCUUCAAAAGAAGUUUGGGAAGGAUCGUGUGUUCAAUACACCUCUUUGCGAACAAGGAAUCGCUGGCUUUGGAAUUGGUUUAGCCACUGCUGGCGUAACAGCGAUUGCAGAAAUUCAAUUCGCUGAUUAUAUAUUCCCUGCAUUUGAUCAGCUGGUUAACGAGGCCGCCAAGAUGAGGUAUCGAAGUGGCGGGGAAUUCGAAUGUGGUAAAUUAACCGUUCGUGCCCCUUGUGGAGCUGUUGGUCAUGGCGGGCUUUACCAUUCGCAAAGUCCAGAAGCAUAUUUCGCACACACGCCAGGUUUGAAGAUCGUUAUGCCCCGCGGAGCGAAACAGGCGAAAGGUCUUUUGUUGGGCUGCAUAGAGGAGCCGGAUCCCUGCAUCAUGUUCGAGCCGAAAAUAUUGUACCGCACCGCGAUCGACGAGGUGCCGACAGCCCAUUACACGAUAGAGAUCGGCAAGGCUGAGGUUGUGAGAGAAGGUGAUGCGGUGACACUUGUGGGCUGGGGCACUCAGGUGCACGUACUGAUGGAGGCGGCCGAUCUCGUCCAGGAGAAGCUCGGCGUGUCCUGCGAGGUGAUAGACCUCGUUUCUAUCCUACCUUGGGACGCGGAACUCGUUUGCAAGUCAGCGAAGAAAACUGGACGAGUUGUGAUCGCACACGAAGCACCGCUAACAAACGGAUUCGGAGCGGAAAUAGCAUCGACCGUUCAGGAGGAAUGUUUCUUGCAUCUGGAAGCACCUGUGCAAAGGGUGACAGGAUGGGACAGUCCCUUCCCUCACGUCUUCGAGCCGUUCUACCUGCCCGAUAAGUGGCGAUGCUUCGCCGCUGUCAGGAACAUACUGAACUACUGAAACCACGAGCCAGGAUUAUUCUCCUCGCGAGGCACGGUGGGCACUAUGAAAUAUGUCAGAAACCUGUUGCCUGGUUGGACAAUGCCCGCGCGAGAUGCACA